ACAAUCUUUUAUUCUCCUGACCCGGGCGGCUUUUUGGAUAUCCUUGGUAGUGGUGGUGGCAACUUUACAUGUAGACUAGAAUAGAAGUUAAGACACAGACAGUUAGUUAUCGACUAGCGAAAAUCCUGAUAAAUGUAUCUUACUCCAGCAAUUUGCACUAAAACCUAUAGAAAGCUGGUUUUCUUUCUUUAGUCCCCACUCGCCCAGUCUGAAUAUGGAUUCUAGAUAUAUUUUGGAGCAACCGUCGGUUGGGACAAGCGUCGCUGGUGCGGAUUUUAACUGCCGCUCCGUGCUCCGCGACAACCGGGUCCCUACGGUGGAGAAAAACGGCCCCAUGCCGGUGUACACAAACGGGCCCGUCUUUUACAAAUUUGUAAUGGGCGGCGGCUCAGUAUCGGAGGUUAAAGGACAGCGAACCUCUCCAAAAGGGAACGGACUUUCUCCGGGUGAUCGAAUAUUGUACGACGUUGAAAAAACUGGCCUGGGGGACCAAAAAGACACUAGUUCUUCUGGGAUCUUGAAGAGGGCUAGCCCUACUCACUGUCCAGGCAUAAACGGGCAGUUCCCGGGCAGCUUCAUGCACUUGGACAUCAGGAAUCCAGGAAAACAUGCCGAGCUGCCCAACAACUUCAAGGCAGCACAAGGGCGGAUCGUACCACUGACAGAGAGGCAACCCCUCCCUUCCUCCCACAUCCCCGUCCCCAGAAACAGGAAGCCCUCAGGUCAUGCUGAUAAGGAGGUGAUGGCUGCCACCGUUCUUACCUCACUAUCCACGUCCCCUUUGGUGCUCAACCCUUCCUCAGCAGCCACAGUCCCAGAGCCAACCAGCAAGGCCUGGAAAGAGAUGCUGUCAGCUAGCUACAGCAGUUCGACCAGUGGAAACUGGAGCUUGGACACCAGCGACCAAUCCGUGCCCUCCACACCAUCUCCACCUCUUUCCAGUGAUACCAACAAGAACUUCCUGCUCUCGUCCCAGGGUUAUGAUGUCAGUGAGGAUGUCCAAGAGAGCACACACUUCAUGUUUGAGGACCCCAUACCUCGGAAGCGAAAGAACUCCAUGAAAGUGAUGUUCAAGUGCUUAUGGAAGAAUUGUGAAAAGGUCCUCAGCACCUCCUCAGGGAUCCAGCGACACGUCCGCACCGUCCACCUGGGGCGAAGCAGCGACUCGGACUACAGCGAUGGAGAGGAGGACUUUUACUACUCGGAGAUCGAGGUCAACGUGGACAGCCUUACAGAGGGCUUGUCCAGCCUCACGCCCACCUCCCCCACCACGUCUGGCCCUCCGCCGAUCUUCCCUCCACCCCUCACCGCUGUCCCUCACUCUGAACAUAUCAAUAUGAACGAUUCGCAGAGCCAAGCCCCGACGCUGCUCAGUCAGUCAGCUCCUUCCACGCUUUGUCACAUCCGCACUGACCACGCCUACCAGGCCACUGCUCCAGUGAGUAUCCCAGUGGGUCCUGAGCUGGCUGGGUUAGGCACUGGUAAUGGGACCGGGCCUGGAAUUGGGACAGGGAACGGCAUCAGUGUGUCAUGGCAAUCCCCUCCUGUCAUUUUCAAAGGCGUCCCGGGGCCUGUUGCUCACGUCCGGACAGUUAGCAUCGGUGAAAAGCGGCAGCCCACAGCCAGCACACACACCACUGUUAACAAGAACCAUGCUUUAAUAACGCCAGCACCUAAAUCAACACCAGGAACCAGGAAACCCCGUGGGGAGGCAAAGAAGUGCAGAAAGGUGUACGGCAUGGAGAAGAGAGACAUGUGGUGCACAGCCUGCCGCUGGAAAAAAGCCUGUCAGAGAUUCACCGACUAAUCCAGUUGCCUCCCCGUGUCCGUGAGAUGAGCUCUUUCUCACUCGGAGCGACAGAUGUAUGUGGACUCUUCCACUGAGGAGACGAGGGGAGAUGUCUUCACAAUGGAACUCUGUGUUGCUUCCUCCAGCAUUACAGGGAGUUUGCCGUCUCUCUUUUCCGUUUCCAAAAAACAAAGAGAAAAUACAACUGGUGGGUAAAAACAAACAACAAAAAAUCUGCAAGAAAAAAAGAACUUUAUGCAGGUUUGGAGACUCUUUCCAAGACUGAAACUCAUGAAUAAGGAAAACAUUUAAAUGGGAACCUUCUGAUUUGAUUUUUUUUUUUCUCUUGCCAUUUUUCACAGCCUCAACCGAAGGCAAUGUUUAAAGACUACAGAUACGCUUUUUGGUAUACUCAUACUGGUAUGUUGUUUAUUAUAGGAGCAUCAAAUAGUCUACUGUUUAUGGGGUGGAACGUGACUUUUUGGAGGUUCAAGGGUUAACACCAGAUUUGCUCGGUAAGACCUCUGUAGCAUAUCCGUUUUUCACUGUUAAAGUGACAUAAAACCUACCAAAGGCAGAAAGCCUGUUCACUUACAACCAACAGUUUAGAUGUAAGCUAAAUCCUGAAUCUAGCAUCACUGUCUUCUUCAGCCUUACUUGAUAUCGACUUCAUGUUGAAGUACAUAUUGUUCAUUAAGCAAAUUCUGUACAGCUAGCUCUACUUCACACACUGCACAAAACCCUCACACACAAGUGGUACAAAAGGGUUACCCUUGACUUUCCAAAAUAUUUUUGAGAGAUGUACACAAUAUAUGAAAUAUCUCUUCUUCUCUAUGCUUGUAUCCAAGUGAUAUGCACCAUGAAGAUUUAAGUCCUCUUUUAGAGUAUCAAUGAAACCACAGUGUAUGCCUGAAAGAGUAGGUAUCUAUUUCCUAUAUAGAGUUUAUUAUCAGCAGCAACUAGUAGUUGCACUGUGCAAUCAGCAGGAUUCCAGCGUUUAAUAUUGUCUUGCUUUGUGGUUGUCAUUAUUACCAUAAUUGAGGUGAGUUGAAGCAGAAAGGCAAUUUUUUUUUCCUUUGACAGCUGAGGUUCUUAAUGAGAUUGUUUACCAGGAUGAAUGAUACAUGAAUGAUCGUUGCCCUUUGAAACUUUAACUUAAAGUCUGACUGAUGUAACUUGUGUAUGUAGGUAAAUAACAGAGAUUGUAACCCAGCAGUCACUAUCUGAUAAAACGUCAGGCAUUUAAAUUCAUUUCUUAGUUUUAAUUGGAGAAGUUACCCAAUAUUUAGUCUUUGGAAUAACUCACUGGUAUAAAUCACUAACCAGCAUUGCAACAUGUGUAGAAACUUCAUAGGAACCAAGACUUUUCCUAUGUUUUUUGUAGACGUUGUGUUUAACCCUUUUAGUAUGGUCUGAAAACCAUAAAAUCAGUCAGUGCUGAGCAGCAGUGUAGGUAGGCGACUGUAUACUGAUUGUUACAGAAGCGGAGCAACAGUUUAAAAAUGCUUCACAAAGUAAAGAUUGUUUAGAAUGGUCCUGUAAUACAAACUGUCAGGCCUGCUUUCCCAAGCCUAGAAGAAAUAUAGGCUAUUAGAUAUAUCCCUUUCACUUGGUAAAAAAAAAAAAUCUAUGAAAAAUAGCACCCUUUCAUUUUAAAGCCUUUUUUAACCAGUUUGGCAAUUCUAUAUUAUUAUCUAAGAUAUACUUUGAUGAAAGAAAAAAUGGCAGUGGUAACCUUACAUUAGCAUUUAAAGGAGCAGUUUGUAGCACUAAGUGGCGGAAAUAUUGACAGAAAUGGAAUAUAAUCUUCAUAAUUAUGUUUUCAUCAGUAUUUUACAUGAAAAUGAGAAUUGUGUUUCUGUUUGAGCUUAGAAUAAACCCUUAAUAUCUACAUAGGGAGUGAGUCCUCUUCCCUGGAGUAUGCCAUGUUGUACCGCCAUGUUUCUACAGUAGCCCAGAAUGGACAAACCAAACACUGCCCCUAGAGAGGGCCUCUCACGUUUUUCUAUUACCUGAAGGCCACCAAAGGUUCUUUGGGGUCAGGGAAGGGGUAUGCAGUUGGUUACAAUCUGCAUACUCACCGCUAGAUGCCAUUAAAUCCUACACACUGCUCCUUUAAUCUUUUAGAGAAACUUGGAUUAUUAUUAUUAUUAUUAUUAUUAUAUAUACUGUAUACAGUUUGUGUGUGUGUGUGUGUGUGUGUGUGUGUGUGUGUGUGUGUGUGUGUGGUGUGUGUUUGUUGUGUGUGUGUGUGUGUGUGUGUGUGUGUGUGUGUGUGUGUGUGUGGAAAAGACACUCUACAGUGUUCCUACAAAAGACAAAUACAAAGUCAACUAGUUAUUCUUUGAAGGUUACCAGCCAAAAACUGUACCCCGGCAGGGUGAAGUGUAUUUUCAGUAAUGCUCUCUUGUUGGGGAUACUAAUGAUAAAGGGAAAUACAUAACUACACAUCAGUAGUUAUAGUUAACAACAUUUUCAAGUAAUUCCUAAAUUCAGAGAUCCCCAGAAGAUUAUUUGUAUCAUUAGUAACGUAUAGUCAUUAACUUGCUCCAAGCCGACUUAGUACAUGAUAUUGAGAAAAGACAAAAAUCAUUUUAAAAAAAUGAUAACUUCUUCCGCUUCCCAUUAACUAUAGUUAAGCCAAUUUAUUUAUUUAGCUCAAAAUCACAAAUUUGCCUCACAGGGCUUAUCAACCUGUGACACCCUCUAUCCUAAGAAAGAAAAACUCUUAACAGGUAUUUUAUCGGAUCUGCUCUUGUGACAGUAGGUGGAUAGUUUUGAAGAGAUUCCCUCUUGUACUGUUAGCAGCUUUUUGAAUGUAGAUUCUGCUGUGUGUCGUCUACUCUCUAAGCGCUCCUGACACUGACCUGACCACCUUAGCAACGUAUGACACUUGCACAAACACAGUGCCUGUCCUCUCCUAUAUGAGCAUAAAUCAUUGGCUGAGGUACAGUCUGACUUCAGACUUCUGUCGCCAUAGAAACACCUGUGCUUUCUCCUGUCGCCACCAGGUCACCGGUGCCGUCUGCUGUUGGCUGAAACCAUGUUAUCGCUUGUCAAUGAAAGCAGAUGCUUGACUGUUAAUUGGUGGCUUGAAGUCAAACAUAUUAAGCACACAUGUUAGCCGGAAUAGUGGUAAAACAAUAUCACAUUAAUUUCCCAUUAUAAAUCACCUGUUUUUUGUUUUGAAAAUGAAUGAUCCUGCCUGUAAACCAUUUAUUCCACUGGCAUCCUAGAUAAGCUUCCGGUCAGAAACUUCACAAGUGCCAAUGAAAAGAACAUAAAAAGGAAAAAGGUAUACUGACCUAAUGAAAUUGCACUACGUUGCACUGUGCAAAUGCGUGAUGUUUUUAUACAUGGACAUUUUAUAUACACAAAUUUUGAAGUAAAAUGAUUUUCUUAUUUUCCGAGAGGGUGGGAGUGAUAUCAUCACUGCCCGAUAGAAGAAAUGGGGUGUCAGGGAUAGGGGGUUCUGUACCCCUAGGGUCCCCCAUUAAUAGCCUGUCUUGCUCUCUGUCAGAUGUAUUGUACUAAACAUACUGUCUGUUUUUUUUUUUUAGAAGUGUGGUACUGGGAAGUACAGUGUGGUACUAAAGGUAGUCAAUCACUUUUCUUUGGAGGAGUGCCAAGGGCCGAAAGCAGCACCUGCCUUGUCUCAGUGAUGGGAUAACACCAGUCUCAGUCUGUGGCUUCACAUUAAUGUCUUCAUAGCAGAUGCUUUUACAGUGCUUUACUGCCUUGAGUUUAUUUUUUUCCAAAAUACUCACACACUUCUUUACAUUUUACUGAGCUGAGGUAGUAACUAUGUAGAUACUGUUAUUAGUGCUAGUUACCACUUUUAAUUCUGUUAUCUCUGGUUUGGUCGUUCAUUGAGUGUCGAAUGCACACCAUCAGGUCUCUCUCCAUCAUAAGCACUUUUAGAUUCCACCAGCAGAGUAAGAGGCAGAUGGUAUUAAAUGCUGGUACUAAAUGGCAUGUGUUAAGCUAACAGGUUCCUGAGGUUGCCGCUAUUCCACCUUUUUUUUUAUGUUUUGUUUUUUUUCUUUUUCCUCGAGUUGCACUAUACUGGCCUGUGAAGAUCAAGGCUCAAGUCGUAUCAGUAAGAGCUCUGCUCAAUGAUUUUGGCUUGUGUCAUUAUGGCCAGAAAGAACUGUGGGUACAAAGUUGCUCUUUUGGAGUUUUUGAAAAAAUACAUCACAACUUUCACCUAUAAAAUGGGAGCUGGAGAUUGACGGUAACUGUUAGUGUUAAUGUGUGUACAGGGGAAGAGAGCAGACAGCAGUGGCGAUAUAAAGAUGGAUUUGCCGUUUCAGGGCUUUCUUGUACAUAAUGCAAUAUAAAGAGAACCAUGAGGCUUUUUCAUAUAUUGUUGUUGUUUUUCUUGUUAAAUGAAAAGUAUACUUUUUUACAGUAUAGUUGCUCGGACUAUUUUCUUUCAGACAUUUCUUUUUAAGUCGAUUAAGAAGCUAUAGUGAACAUAACACGUAAAAGAUUCUAUGUAUAUUGUAGCUUGGAGGCAAAGGGGAGAAAAAAAAUCGUUGAAUGUAAAACCUAUAAAAAAAAGUCUUUUCGUUGUUCUAUUUGCCGGCUAGUUUGUACUGCCUGUAGUGAACCUGUAGCGCGUCUUGAUUUUAACACCCGCAGCUGUCGCCACACGGCUCUGUCAUAUGAAAUUAUGCACCUAUGCAGUAUUGCUUUACUAUCUUACUUUGUGCAAUGAGAUGCUUUUAUAAUGGAACAAGAACUAACUCAAGCUUUUUGGUGACAUCUGGGCUUCUUGCUCACACUGUUUCUGUUCAUAUUUUGUCUUUCUCCCUGCCAAAUAGAAAUGUUUCUGAACAUGUGUGUUUAUCAUGGCCGUGGAUGUUGUUUGUGGUUGUGACGUAAAGUUGAUGUUAGGCAGGAUAACCUUCAAAUUUUAACUUUGUGGGAAUCUUUAUCCUGCCCUGCACAUUCCAACCGACAGCACGCUUUUAGCGUCUUCCACUUGUUUCCUAUUUGACAUAUACUUCCCAUUUCAUUUUCACUACAGUGAUUCUUCUCUGAUCACCUUGUCCUUUUUCCAUUUCCUGUUCUUGUCCUAUCCAGCUUUACUGUGGUCCCACCCAAGCCUUUACCCAGUAUAUUAAGCUAAACUAAACCCUUGAAAUGUGCAUCAAAUAAAGCCUUCAUUUUAUAUUUCCACAUGUCAAAAUGUAUGUGCCGUUUUCUUGAAUGGCAGUUUUCGUGUUUGCAUAAACCAGCAGCAGCAAAGCCAAUAGAUCUCCUUCCAAAUCAAAUGUAAUGUAUACCAUUGCAAUGGCAGCUCCUCUCAAUUCUCUGCUUCUGCUACUGUGGCGUUAUUGUUUGGGCUUUUACAUUUUACCCUCUGUUUGUCAGAUCUCUCAUUUAAAUUACCUUUUUUCUCCGGUUAUGUUUUUUUACGGAGCCUAACACUGGCUGGUGUGAAAACGGACUUUUGCUUGUUUUUGUUUUUGCAUUGAUUUGUUGGUUGGUUGAUUGAUUGAUCGAUUUUCUGGUUGAGUUUGUAUUGCAUGUCUAGCAUUGCUCAUUUUUGUUCUUUUUGUUAGGAGAUACAACACUGAAGGGUUUUAUGUGUCAGAUUUCCCCUUUCAGUAACUGAUAGCCCACGGCUGAUGUAGUUUGUUUUCCUCUAAAUGUAAAAAUGCUCAUCGCAGCCUGACAAAAACACACACACACACACACACACACACACAAAGCUAAAAGCGCUUUUGAGGGAAAUGUAACGCCAGCCUCGGGUCUUCACUGGAGGGCAAGAUUUCUCCUGUGUGUGGGCUCGGCAACUGGUCUUCAUCUGCUGUCCCACGCACAUGGAGGAAGCACUUUCUGAGGAGUGGUGCACUCAGAGUAUUUGUCUGAAUGUCAAGCCUAUGUCUAGUGCUUGAAAAGAUGGAUGACCAUGUAUGAUGCUGAUAAUGUGAUCUAUGUGAUGUAAUGUGACAGAAAGAAAAUAAACCUGAAUGGAAGAAGUCUGC